UCGUGGGGCAGCCAGCCGGGAGCAGCGGGUAGUCAGGCAGCCGGCCCCUCAGCCCCGGCCAGAGAGACGCAGUCAGUAAACACAAAAGUAAGAGCCACUCAAGGGGCAGCCAAAGCAGGAGGAGAGGAAGAGAAGGACAAAAAGGGAAAAAAAAAAAAAAAGAAAAAAGAAAAAAAAAAAAAAGGAAAAAGAGGAGGAAAAAAAGAAAAAGAAAGGAAAGGGCUCGCUCGCUUUCUAGAACAACAAAAUACCUGAUCGUAACAAAAUAACAUCCUUCAGACCAAAUCCAGCAGGGACUUGACAUACCAAAAAGGCAAGGCGAGGAGAGCGAGGCAGGGCGCGGGGAAGGCGAGCCAGAGCCGCGACCGCUGCCAGGGCAGGAGAGCAGCAUGUCAAGCGCAGGGGCAGCCACGGAUGAACGCUGCCGGCAGCCAGCCUUCCUCCCCGGCCCGCCGCCGCCGACACAAGUUGAGAGUAGCGGCGGCAGCGCCAAGGUGCAGAGGAUGUGUGCGGCGAGGCGGAUGCUGCUCCUGCUGCUGGCGUUCCUGGCCUACGCGCUGGACUCGGCUGCGGCGUACGGCACAGCGGAGACCCUCUGUGGCGGGGAGCUGGUGGACACGCUGCAGUUCGUCUGUGGGGACAGAGGCUUCUACUUCAGUAGGCCGGUGGGACGAAAUAACCGGCGGAUCAACCGGGGCAUUGUGGAAGAGUGCUGCUUUCGGAGCUGUGACCUGGCUCUGCUGGAAACCUACUGCGCCAAGUCUGUCAAGUCUGAGCGCGACCUCUCCGCCACCUCCUUGGUGGGUCUGCCAGCACUCAGCAAGGAGAGCUUCCAGAAGCCCUCGCAUGCCAAGUACUCCAAGUAUGAGGUGUGGCAGAAGAAGAGCUCGCAGCGGCUGCAGCGGGAGGUGCCAGGCAUCCUGCGGGCUCGCCAGUACCGGUGGCAGGCAGAGGGGCUGCAAGCGGCUGAGGAAGCCAAAGCCCUGCACCGUCCCCUCAUCUCCCUGCCCAGCCAGAGGCCCCCCGUAGCGCGAGCCUCCCCCGAAAUGGCUGGUCCCCAGAAAUGAACCCUGACCAGCUGUCUCGAUUUUUGAUCUCCCGGGGGAGGGCGGGAGGACUGGUGAGACCCGGCCCUCGAUCCCCUCCGUCCCUGGGACCGCCGAGCUGAGGAACGCGGCGGCCGGGGCACCCUCACGCCGCUCUGGCCCCAACCAAACAACUGACACAGGAAGGAGGGAAUGGCGGCGGCGGCUUCAGCAGCGCCACUCCCGCGGCAUCGUCCUCUCGGGGUGGGGGGGAGGGUUGUUUUUGUUUCCCAGGCCUGUUUCGUUUCCCCGUGCCCCCAGUAUUUCCAAACCUGAACUUGCAAAGGGACAGUUUGGCACUUGAACUUUUUGCUGCCGGGCGCUGCGUGACAUCCCCGGUGCCAAUGCCAGAAGACAAAAGAAAGAGCAAGAGGGAAAAAGGAUAUGAAGUUAAAUUUCUUUUUCAAUCUUUUUUUUUUUUUGUGAAGAAGAAGAGUCCAUUCCGUGUCUUUCUUGACAAUAAAGUGAAAAAAAGAAAUAAAAUGGGGAGAAAUAUUGAGGGAUAUCAUUUUUUUGCCUCAUUCCCACCCCACUUUUUUCUUCUUUUUUUUUUCUUUUGGUUUCCUUAUUUUUAUAACUUUCUUUUGCACCUUUAAAAGAAAAAAAACAAAAACAAAACGUACCUGCAAAGUUCCGAGGAGCCCCCAUCUGCAUUUUUGUGUGUGUGCUUCAUUACAAGAUUCCAAAUCGACUUGCACCUUUUUGAAAUCACCGAUGACGUGAGAGAGAGAGGAAGAGGAGAGAGAAAGCGAGAAAAAGAGAAGAAAAAGGAAAGGGGAAAGAAGAAAAAAAAAAAAAGAAGAAAAAAGUGAGCUGAUGCUCACUUUAAAUGGAGGAGGCGUCUGCAUUGCACAUUUGCCACGGAUUUAGUUGAUUUAUAUAUAUAAUAUAUUAUAUAACUUUUUUGGCAAAAAAAGCACUAUUUUUAUGGGACAUUUUGUGUAGUAUCUGAAGAGGGAUUGUAAUGUUUAAAAUGUGUUAUGGUGCUAAAGUAAGUUGGAAGGGAAAA